AUGCAUUCACCAGCAGCUCCCCCAAUUUUGGAUAUCUCUCCAAUUUAUGGAGCGGAUAGCGAAACAAAAUCCAGGCUGGUAGAGGAAGUUCGCAAGUGUUGCCAUUACAAUGGGUUCUUUCAAAUCACGGGCCAUCGCGUGCCAUUGGAGUUACAACGUCGCGUUAUGGACUGCUCCAAGAGAUUUUUUGAUCUUCCCUUGGAUGAGAAGCUACAGAUUGAUAAAAAUCGAAAUACUUUCAAUCGCGGCUACGAACUCCUUAGAUCGCAGAUGCUAGAAGUGGGCACCGGCCCUGAGCUAAAAGAAGGACUCUACAUCGGCGAAGAAAUCCCCGAAGAUCAUCCUUAUUUUCUCCAGAAAAAGCUGAACAGCGGACCCAACCAAUGGCCUCAGACUGUCUCCGAGAAAGAAGAAUUCCAGAAGACAACAAUGGAAUACUAUCAUGCGGUGUUCAAGUUGGCAAAGGAUGUGCUUGCUGUUCUAGCCUUGACUCUGGGGGUUGAAUCCAACUAUUUUGAUCCUCUUACAGAGGGGGCCGUUGCAACAAUGCGAUUUCUACAUUAUCCCGCGCAGCCGAAAGAUGAGGAUGAAAAAUUGAAUCGCGGCAUCGGGGCUCACACGGACUUUGGCUGUGUCACUCUACUUCUUCAGGAUGAAGUAGAUGGGCUGCAAGUCUUAGACUCUCCAACUGGACAGUGGCUUGAUGUUAAGCCAGUACCAGGAGCCUACGUGGUGAAUUUGGGAGACCUUUUCAUGCGCAUGGCGAAUGAUAAGUAUAAAUCGAACACGCAUCGUGUGAUCAACAAGUCCGGUCGUGAGAGAUACUCUAUUCCCUUCUUCUUUAGCGGAAACCCAGAUUAUUCUUGCCAGUGUCUGCCAAAUUGUCGCGAACAAGACGAGGCAGCGAAAUAUCCGCCUAUUACCGUGCAGGAAAUGGUAACAGCUUCGUACAAAGAAAGCUACGGUCGGGCAGAGAAGUACAAGGAGGGGCUUAAAUUGAAGAAACCGGAUCCAGCACCUACAGUUGCUCCAGUUGGUGCAUAG